AACAGUUAAUAUCCGCAACAACAUGGAUAGAAAAGCCGAUAACUCAGUUGAUGGCUCUCAAGAAAAAUCUAAAUCACUUAGAACAACAAUCAACGACAAUAUUCAAUUAAAACCAAUUUCUUUGCAGAUCAAUCUCCACUUGAAGAAAAUUCAACUUUCAGUGCCUUCUCCUUUAACAAUCAAACUAAUGUGGGUCAGAGGAUCUAAAUAAAUUAGAGACUAAGAAAAAGGUCAUUGUUGAGCCGAAAAGCUCGACCACUAUCUUUUCAGAAACUAUGUCUCUAGUUACGAAAUUUAGUCCAGACCCUGCUAACCCAACUAAAUACAAAAGGAAGAGAUGAUAUUUGCAGAUAAUGGCAAUGACUAAAGGCCAAAUUAAGCCAGUUGGUAUUUUACCUUUCAAUUUAUCUGAGUUUGUUUCAAUCCCUUCACAAAGUACGAUGAAGCUUUCAUUUGCAAAAUGAUUUGACUCUAAGGCUGCUAUCUUUCUAAGUACUUCUAAACAAGAAAUUGAAACAAACAGUGACCCUCUUGAAACAGAAUCCAAUGCUACAAUUGAGAAUUUUAGCGACACUUUCUCAGAAUGCUCUAAUGCUGUCAACUUUGGAAGCAAUGCUAGUUUUCCUAACAAAACUCCUUCGACCACUGAAGACACUAAUCUGAGCUCAUAUGUUGAAAGUGAGAGUCGCUCACCUUCCUUCAUCUCAAGUUCUGUGAAAGAGGACAAAAAGACUUCUAGUGAAGAUAAACCAAACAUCGACCAAGAUAAACUUUUGAUUCAAAAGUUAUCAGACGAAGUUUCGCAUUACAAAGCAAAGCUUGCUCAAAUGACAGCAACCAAACAACAGGCUGACCAGAUGAACCAAUCUCAGGCUCAAGAAAUUGCUAGACAAAAAGAUUUGCUGGAAGAAAAAUAGCAAACAUCUAAAUUGAAUAAAGCUUGAAUUAAAGAAUCAGCAAGAAGAAAUUGAAGCGAGAGAAAUAGCUGCCCAUUCAGAACACCGAAAACUUAAAAUGAAAAUCGACUAUUUAACAAACAAAUGAUUUGAACUGAACUGAAAGUUAGAUAAGAAAGAAUAUAAGGAAGGUCAAAAACCAGAGAAAGAUGAUUCUUCUAUGGUGAUGGAUCUCAUUGAAAACAAACAAAAGGAAUACUGUGAUACAGACAAGAAUCAGUUGCAAGACCCAACUGAUUUUAUAUUUAACAUCUUUUCUCAGUAUGAGAGUAUGAAGAAGAGCAUUAGAAAACUAUCUGAGCAAAAUGAUCUCCUUAAGAACGAACUUGCAGAGACCAAAGUUAGAUGGGCAGAUUCAGCAGGAGAAUCAGAAAGACUUGGAAUAGCAAUCAAAUCAAUGCAAUCACAAAUGCAAAGACUCUCUACUCACAGCAGCCAAAGAGGAAGCCAGGUUAGUGCAAGUAGCCAAAAUGAAGAGAAACAUGACAAUAUUAGACCAGAAAUUAACGAAAGAACUUUUUCCUCUUAUCUUGGAGGAAUUAGUUUUUGGGGAGGCAACUAA